AUAAUCUUUUUCACCAGUGUAUCACAGAAACAUCACCUGGAAUUCAAAAUACUCCAUGAUAUACAUUGAUAACCCGGUUGGAACUGGCUUUAGUUUCACUGCAAUGGAUUCUGGGUAUGCCAAUACUGAAGAUGAUGUUGCACGAGAUCUGUACAGUUGUUUGACUCAGUUUUUCACUGUGUUUCCUGACUAUCAGAAAAAUGAUUUCUACAUUACAGGAGAAUCGUAUGCUGGCAAAUAUGUCCCAGCCAUAUCUUACAAAAUCCAUAUGGAGAACCCAAGUGCCAAAGUGAAAAUCAGCUAUAAGGGAAUGGCUAUUGGAGAUGGUCUCUGUGACCCAGUUACAAUGAUGCCUAAGUAUGCUGAUUUCAUGUUUAAUAUUGGCGUGCUGGACGAGAAUGAGAGAGACUACUUCCAGAAACAGACAGACCUGGCCGUCGCAAAGAUCAAAGCUGGCGAUUACCUGGCAGCAUUUAAGUACUUUGACACACUCCUCAAUGGGGAUGAGACGCCCUAUCCACCAUACUUCCAGAAUGUCACAGGACUGAAUUUUUACUAUAACUUCCUUUUAGCACAGGCACCACCUGAAUUUAACUAUUAUGGCAAGUUUCUGGCCAGACCAGAAGCCCGUCGAGCGAUCCAUGUUGGAAACUUGAAGUACAACGAUGGGGACAAAGUGGAAAAACAUCUUCUGAAUGACAUGAUGCAGUCAGUGAAAGGCAAAAUCGCAACAAUUCUUGACAAUUACAAGGUUUUGGUCUACAAUGGACAGCUGGAUAUCAUCAUCGCGGUGCCAUUGACCGAGGCGUGGCUCCAGACAGUGCCGUGGUCGGGACUGGAGCAGUAUAAAAACGCCACAAAGCUGAUCUGGAAACUCAACCCAAAGGACACAGAUGUUGCUGGCUACGUGAGACAAGUGAAAAAUUUCUAUCAGGUUAUAGUUCGAGGAGCUGGACACAUUCUUCCUUAUGAUCAGCCUGCGCGAGGAAUGGAUAUGAUACAGAGAUUUAUAGAGAACAGAUAACUACAGCACCUGUUCAUGUUACUCCAUUUACCGGUUAUAGAGAACAGAUAACUACAGCACCUGUUCAUAUUAUUCCAUUUACCGGUUACAUAAGUGUAUGAGGUGGGGAGGGGGAACGGGUAGGAAGAAUAUUAACAGUUAAAAAAGUAUCUGAACUAUUUUUGUAUCUUAAUAGCAAAGCUCCAUGCAUUGAUUUACUACCUGUCCCAUCUCUCUCCUCCAUGGAAUAUAACACCUGGACAAUUUGUGAUAAAAGGUCCAUCACCAACCCCAGUGAAAUAAUAAGCAUAUCUAUUUAUUAUGACAUGGUGGAUCAAACAUAAAAGAUUAUUUAUUUUUCUGAAUAUAACGAAAUUUUAUUUUUUAUUUAUCACUUCUAACAUUGCAGUUGAUUUAUAAUAUACUAUUUAUGCCUGGUACAUGCAUUUGUACCUGUAACAAAACUGAUGAUAUCAAUGCAUGUUGUGUAUUUUUAGUGUUAUGUUUCUUAAAUAAACUAAUUUUGAAACUGUG